CGAGCGUCGGAUAUAUUCAAGCCGUGCGUUUCUUGGGCUUCGCAAAAUCAGUAUCACUACUACGUCUUAUGCGUAUGGUGUAACACAUACGAUGCUCCAUCUAGAACGAAACAUGUUACUGUACAUGCUUUAUUUAUUUUUUCUUGACUCUGUUUCUUCAAAUGUUUUGAGCGAAACAUCGACAUCAAGAAUGAUUCGAAGAUUGGAUAGACUUGAAGACGAUGUAUUUAAGAUUCGAGAUGAUCUGCACGAUUUACGAAAGGAUCUAAAAGAAGAAAGAGAAUUAUUAAGAGGGGACAUUUCUACGCUUUUUAACAUGUUAACGGAAUCAUCGGGGCAGGUUGAUAGAAACCAAAUCGAAGAAGUUUCGAAGGCACAGCAAGGGUCAUGUAAUUGUGAAGCUACGUUGAGUCAAUUUGAAAAUGUAAUUAAUGCCUUUAACAGAGAAAAAUCGGAGAACAUACGGCUUCGAAAGGAAUUUAACGAAAUGAGAAAACAACAUGACGACUUUUAUUUAAGAUUUAACAAUGCGGAAAGGAAAAUACGUUCAGAAAUAGACACCGUUAAAAAUGAGACAAUAGCAGGCUUCAGCGCUACACAGAAACAAGUGCACGAUAUUCAAAAAGACUAUCAAUCAGAGAACAUAACCCUUCGAAAAACAUUCAACGAAAUGAAAAAACAACAUGACGACUUUGAUUCAAGAUUAAAAAGUGCGGAAAGGAAAUUACGUUCGGACAUACACAAAAACGAAAAUGAAACAAAAGCGGACAUUACUGCAACACAGAAACUACUUCACACUAUCCAGAGUGACACGCGUGCUUACUGUGACGACCGGUUUAUUCAUUUAAAUGAAUCAUUAAAGAAUCGUUCAUUAAAUACAUUACAAGAACUAUUUCGGAUAACAUCAGAUAUUGCAAUUCUUAAAACCUCGAAUGAAAUCUUGAAGAACGUUAGUGAUGAUAUCAUUCGGCGUCAAAACAAAUACCCUAAUUCUUGUGACGGUGUGGCGGUGAGUGGUGAAUACAUAAUAAAUCCAUAUGGUAUGAAGGUUUAUUGUGAUGUGGACUUCAAUAACAAGGGGUGGAUGGUUAUUCAGAGAAGAAUGGACGGGUCUGUGAAUUUCAACCGCACUUGGUCCGAUUACAAAGCUGGAUUCGGUGAAUUGAGAGGCGAGGUCUGGUUUGGCAAUGAGAAAAUCUACCAGCUGACUAAAGACAACCCGAGAGAGCUGAUGAUUGAAAUGGAGACGUUCAAUGGAACUAAGCGAUAUGCGCUGUAUUCUAAGUUCUAUGUUUCAUCUGAAUCUAAGAAGUAUCAGCUGUAUGCGGCCGGAUACACCGGUGACGCAGGAGACGGUUUAGCUACGACUGAUUCUAGAGCUUCAAGUUUUGUUCACACCGGUCAGUCUUUUUCAACUUUCGAUGCCGAUAAUGACCUGAAUUCAAAUUUUUGUUGUGCAUGCACGUGGGGAGGAGGUUGGUGGUAUCAAAGUUGUUACACCGUACAUCUAAACGGCAAAUACUUCAAAGAACAUGAGACAGUUCCUACAUGGGAAGGAAUUAAUUGGUUCUAUUUCACAGGAUCCAACACAUCUUUGAAAUUUGUGCAAAUGAAAAUACACUAAAAAAACAGUUAUGCUUAACCUGAUACAGAGGUCAUUAAGUAGCAAAAUACACUUGUCAUUCGGGUUUCGUCUUGGCAAAUGAUGUUACUUUAAUUUAAAAUAAAAAGAUGUACACAAUGUUUACAACUUAAAUUCAAUGUGAUGUUUAAAAUCGACCUAGUUUAUUUGACUACAUUUUACAAAUGUUUACAGAAUAUAACCUAGAAUGAAGCUAUGAUGAGGUUAGUCGUUUUUGGUUGCCAUGUACAAGUGCAUCACGUUUUCUGUAGUAUUCUUAGUAAUAACAUUAUUAAGUUUUUAGAGCACAAAGACAGACUGACAGGCGUAAAAAACGCAAAUCAUCCGUCCCCUUCGAUGAAAAAUCGCCUUAUGCGGCCGGAUACUCCGGUGACGCAGGUGACGGUUUUAAUACCUCUUACCCUGGUGAUUCAAAUAACAAAUAUCACACCGGUCAGUCUUUUUCAACUUUAGAUGCCGAUAAUGACCUGACUUCAAGUUGUUGUGCAUGCCUGUGGAGAGGAGGUUGGUGGUAUCAAGAUUGUUUCACCGUAAAUCAUAACGGCAAAUACUUUAAAGAAAGUGAGACAGUUCCUGGCUGGAGAGGAAUAAAUUGGUUCUUAUUCACGGGGUCUAUAACAUCUUUGAAAUUUGUGCAAAUGAAAGUACAUUACAAAAUUACAUUAUCUGAUAAAGAGGAAUGAGGUAAAAAGUACACUUAUCAUUCGUGGUUUGCCUACGCAAAUGAUGUUACUAAACGUUUAAAUUAAAAUGUAUUUACACAGUGUUUACAACUUUAAUUUGCUGUGCUGUUUAAAUCUAGUUUAUUUUAAAUUACUAGAUUUUACAAACGUGUACAGAAUAUUACCUAGAAUUUAACCUACGAUAAACAAAAUCGUCCUAAUCGAUUUGUUUGCCAUGCAUAAGUGCAUCAUGCUUCGUCAAUUGUCAUCUGUAGUGCUCUCAGUUAUCACAUGAUUUAUUUUUAAUAAUAUAUGCGCAAAGACAUAAGGACAUGCGGACAAUACGAAACUACAUUUCCCUUCGAUUAAACAUCGAUAGGUGACAAAACACACAAUUUGCGAAAUCAAGACAUUUAUCGAAGUGCACUCAGUUGUUGCAAUAUGUUCCAUUUGUAAUAAUGUAUUAAUGUGUUGAUUUCUUGUGCUGUAAAAACAUUAUCGAUAUCAAUACCGUUAAAAUGUUUUAGCGUUAAUGUUGAUUUUAUUUCGUAUAAACCUAAUAAAUCUUAUGUAUGGAACUUUGACAACACAUAUAUCGGUAAUAAUAAACUUGCUCAGUAGGUCACCUGUAUUGAGAAUACAUCUCUGUAUGCCAUCAUUAGCAAAUUAGCAAAAUGAGAAAGUGUGACUAUAUAAUUUGUGCAGCAUGGAUGAUACACGCAUAGACUGUGGUAAAUACUUUAAAAGACUAUAUUUCGGCAAUUCAUUCCGUGUAAUAAAACGGAGUAUCUCUGGAAAUUAUUUAAAACAAAGUGGUGUGCCAAACUCUUGUAAAAAUAAAACAAUAAAAAAUUAGUUACGGACACGGUGUUGUACACGAAUCCUAGCAAUAAUAUGACCACUAACCAGCUUAAAUAAAUACUAAAAAACUAACCAGCUGACUAACGACGUCAUGUUGACUUGCCCAGUAUGUUUAUGUUUUUAGUAAAUUAAACGUGCCUUACGUAUGAUUUGUAUAAAAUGAGUUUUUAUAUGUAUAUAUGUAGAUAAUAAA